AUGGCCCCAUCCGCCAGAGGAGAUGGACGACGUCUAAAUCGCCUCCAUCCCCAGCGAUAUCAUCAGCAGCAGCAGCUGACGUCGUCGUUGUCUAUCCCAGGCUGUGAGCCCUCCCACUCACCAGCGCCAAAGACGGCGGCUGGCGAAGGCGGUUGCCUCAACAGCGUUAGUGGCAGCGGUGCGCAACCGCGUCAACACUAUCGACGAGCACGCUCGAUCCACAUCACACUUCGCAAGACGCGCUCCGGCAGUCGCCCUGUGAACGCGCAGCGCGACAGCUCGAUAGGCGUGACCCGCGACUUCGGUGCUGCCACAGGUGCCACCGGUGGGCGGACCCCCAAUACACGCCAGCGCCACGGCAGCUUCGGGAGUGCCUCGGGCGCGCUUGGCGAUGCAGUGACGCCCACCUCGACUGCGACAGUGACCGGCACCCCAACAGGUGCACGAGGCACAGCAGCGUCGUCCCCCUUCACGUUCCCUGGCGUUAAUGGAUGUGUCUCGCCUAACCUCACCCCGCGCCACCAUGACCCGAUGUCCGCAUUGCCCACGGCCACGGCCGGCGGCGCACACCGAGCGCCGUUGCUAGACGACGUGGCGAACACCAACAACAACCCAAAUAGCUGUGGCUCCUCCCGGAUCAUGAGCUCACCCAGCUACACCCCGUACAUCCUCCACACGCGCGGACGCAGCGGGGACGGCACAGCAUCGGAUGGCACAGCAGCCGCGGCCGCCCCGGCAAUGAGCAUGCAGACCACGGCGGCAGCGGCCACAAACGUAGGGUCCUCGUCGUCGUCCAUGGUGGGUGGCGCUGGUGGCAGCAGCAGCAGCGUUGGUUACUUCAACACCUUUGUGAAGGCGAUCCAUCCGUCCGACAUGAAGCAGGCGCUGCUGCCGCCGAACAUGGGUGACCGUGCCGUGGCCCCCAACAUGCCACACAGCGACCAGACAGCGGUGGUGACGGCAGCGCAUCGCCGGCCCUUCUCGUCGGGUCCGAUUUCACGUCGAAACAGCAGCUUCUCCGCCCAUCACGGGCGUGUGUACCACCAUCCCUCCCUGUCCAGGGCGCAGGCUGUCUCGCAGUGGAGUCCUGCAAACGGCUACAGCGAUGACCUGAGCCGCCGCAGCAGCAGCAGCAUGAGCGGCUGCCACACUGCUGCCGGCGUCGAUAACGGCAAGAACAGAAACCAUCGCCACGCAACGGCAACGCAUGGCUUCAAUGACCGUUUGUUUCUAUAUCCGGAAAACACCUCAGCUACGCCGCAUCCACAACCGCACCAACAACAACAGUCGGGCCAUCCGCCGUCGCCCGCGUGGCGGAGCCACCUCUCCAGUAUGCCGACUGCGAACCCUGGCACCUCGCCUCCCCUUUCACCGUCUGCAGUGCCCGCCGCCGCGUCUGACCAGCAGGAUCAACACCGCCGUCACUACCGUGCGCGCAGUUACACGGUGGGGGGUCGGGUUCGCAGCAGCAGCAGCGUUGGCUACGUGGACAGCGCCCCCUCACCCACCCUGGACCGCUCCGUCUCUCUCGCCUCCUCCAGCCGCGCCGGUGCAGCGCCGGCAUUUGGCGCCCUGGCGACGACGGCAGCAGGGCAGUGCUCCUCCACCUCCACAUUGAUCAAUCACCCCAGCGUGACCAGGGCGAGAUCCUCCGCCGAGACAACGAUGACGGCCAUCACGGCCACCUUGCCGCCAGCGCCGCGCCUGCCAGCGUACGCGGAGAGCAGAGCCUCCUCUGCCGUCACAGGUGCGAUGACGCCGCGGACGCCGCGGCCAGCCAACGCCGCAAUAGGAACAGCGGCAGCGGUGGUUUGCAGCGCGCGACGGAGCGCCCGCCCCAUCGAACACCCGAGCCACGGCGCCUUCUCUGGGCGCCAGCGGAGCAUAUCUUCAGAUAUUGUGAACGGUCUCGACGACUCUGUCGACAGCGUGCAAUGCGGCAGUUUUCCGAGCGCGUCGAACACGUCGGCAGCCAACAUGAUGGGCAGCGCGAGCGACACCCCAGACCUCCACCACUACGGGAGUGCCACGGCUGCUAGUCGGUACGGUGGCACGGCGGUCUUUUCCGCCUCGCACCGAUACGUUAAAGACAGCGUGGCGAGCGAGGGUAAGAGAGACGACGAGGGCCGCCGCCAUCGCGGUCCCCUCCGUCGAGACAGCACAACACUCACGAACACUACGACGGAGGACGAGGACGAGCCGCAGCAACAGCUGGCUCAGCCGUCAACCCUUGAGAUGCUCCGCGGUCAUCACAUGAGACGGGAGAGCGGUGGUGGUGGCGGCGGUAAUGUCAAUAUUGCCCCGCUGCUGAGUCGCGCGCGCGCCGCCCGCACGAGUGCGACGGGAGCGGCGGUCGCCGGUGCCACCAACCGCGAUGGAUCACCAACGACCCCCAUUGAGCGCUGGCGUGCGCAGGAGCAGCAGAGAAAGCAGGACGCAGAGCGGCACCAACAGCAGCGGCAUCAGCACCGACUAAGCGCACGGCAGUGGCGUGAGGCAUUUCGCAGGCUCCAAGAGAAGCGCGUGCGGUGGCACAUGCUCGGCUACAUUGGCCGUGGCACCUCUGGUGUGGUAUACGAGGGUGUCCUGGAAGACCGCAAGCAGACCCCGGUGGCGGUGAAGGUGCUGGAGGUUGGUGUUCCCAUACCAGUCGACGUCGACCCCUCUGGCGAUGACAACGACGACCAGAGCAGCAGGCAGGCUCGGCACAGGGAAAAUAGCGGCACACCCAAAACCGUCGCCGCGGAUGCAGCGUACAUGUCGCCCUCCCAGCAGGAGGCGCUGCUCGUGCUUCUACGCGAGGUGGAGAUGAUGGAGAAGCUGCACCACGAGAACAUCGUCACGUGCCUGCGCUGCCAGGUCACGCCAGUCCAGGACCGAUACUUGGAACUACACCACCAGCAGCAGCAGGAGCAGCAGUGCCGUGACGGCGGCAGCAACAGUGACAAGGGCCUCUCCGGCUCGGCGGCAGCUAAGAGAGACAGCGCUGGUUGUCGGUGUGCUGACAACGGCAAACCUAGCGUCUGCGGCGGCGCAUUCUCCGGCGCAAGCCAGUCGCCCCAGCGCAACGCCGCCGCACGCAUUCCUGUUCAGGUAGAGAUCGUGAUGGAGCUGUGCAACCGCGGCACCAUCUCCAGCGUCGUUCGCCGGUCGCCUGGCGGUCAGCUGCCAGUGAGGGUGGCUCGACGCUACCUGCGUGAUGUGCUCAAAGGCCUCGCCUACUUGCACCGCAACAACUUCAUUCACCGGGAUGUGAAGGGCGAUAAUGUCCUCAUCAGCGCAGCCGAUGUAGCGAAAUUGGCAGACUUUGGGUGCUCGCGGCGCAUCGUUUUGACGAACAACGUACACGGCGCCGCUGACAGCGAAGGCGCCAUCAGCAGCCUCGCCACCACACGCACCGCCGCGACAGACUCGCGCCUCACGACCAUGGCGGAAUAUCAGUGGUUCGACACCACCGGCGUGGCGCAGACAAUGGUCGGCACACCCAUGUUCAUGGCACCGGAGAUCAUUCAGGCCUCGGGGCCGCCGAGCAUGACGACGCCGACCGCGAGCUCUCCAGCGUCUUUGGCCGGCGAAGGCAACUAUGGUGGGCGCGGGAGCAGCACCAAGACUACGUCACCGCCAGCACCGGUCGGCUACACUGCCUCGGCAGACAUCUGGUCCUUUGGGUGCCUCGUUCUAGAAGUCUUUGGCCGCACACCGUGGCCAAAGUCGGGGAGCAACGCCUACCACCUCAUGAAGCAGAUCGAGCAGUCGGUAGCCGACCUCCCGCCUGGGGUGCCAGAUGGCACACCGACGGAGCUGCUGGGCCUGCUGCGCUCCUGCUUUAACCGCGACCCGCACCGUCGCAGCACCGCCCGUGCACUGCUUCGUGCACCGUGGAUGACAUGCAAAGACGAGGAGCUGGAGGAGAUGCCACCGCGCAGGUGCAAUUAG